AUGGGUGGCGAUGGAGCUCUCCUCGACGGCGAAGGAGCUCUCUCUCGGUGGCGACGAAGCUCUCUCUCGGUGGCGACGGAGCUCAAACGGUGGCUCUCCUCGAAUCGAAAGGACAUUUGUGGAUCCACGGUUCAAGACGAAGGAACAUCAAAGCAGAGGAGUCAAGCCAGGGAACAAUACAGCAAAGAUGUUGUUGUUGGGAAAAAGAAAAAGGCUGAGGCCUUCUGGAAGAGGAUUGCAAACUACGUCGCUGCUUGUCCGAAGCUUGCAGGCUGUGCGAAAAGAGACCCAUUGCACUGCAAACACCGAUGGCACAAGAUCAAUGAUCUAGUCUGCAAAUUCUGUGGAGCAUAUGAAGCUGCAGCAAGAGAGAAAACUAGCGGCCAAAAUGAGAAUGACAUUCUCAAGCAAAGAAAAUGUGAAGAUGGUGCACAAUCGUCAACAUCUCACGCAACUGGUGAAGUAGAUGAGGGAAUGGCUCGGCCCCCUGGUGUUAAGGCAGCCAAGAGCCGUGGUAAGAAGCCACUGGAGGGGAAGGGGCUUUGUGAGUUUGAGCAGAUGUGGAACAUUAGACAAGAAGAUUUGAGUAGGAAAGAAAGGCUCACCAAGAUGGGUCUACUGGCUAAACCAGAGCCACUCCCUGAGUACGAGGAAUGUCUCAAGAAGAAGCUCAUUAAUGAGCUGUUCUCCACUUAG